AUGUAUUUUUACACAAUAUUGUUUACUUAUUUUUUAUUAAACGAUUUUAAUUUUAUUAUCAAAUGUCAAAUACAUACAAAUAACUUUACUCAUCAAUUGAAAAAACCAUAUCAUUGGAUGAAUUUAUUGAAUACUCAUAAAAACCACAGUAAUCAAGAUAUGCAUAAUAAAAUUAUCGUAAAAAGAAAAUUUUCUGAAGAAGAAUUUAAAAAAAUGAAUAAUCAGUAUGCUAUAGAACAAAAUAAUGAACGGCUUAUGAGAAAUACAGCAAAUGAUGUACGUGAUGCACCAGAACCUGUAUAUGGAGGUGAUCGACCAUCUGAUUGUGAAAAAAAAAUACAUAUUUUUGUCCAAGUAGAAAAAGUACUUAUGAUGAUUGGAAAUGUAUAA